UUGGGAAACAUGAGUUAACUGGGCAUAAAGUUGCAGUGAAGAUCCUGAAUCGACAGAAGAUUCGCAGCCUUGAUGUUGUAGGAAAAAUCCGCAGGGAGAUUCAGAACCUCAAACUCUUCAGGCAUCCUCAUAUAAUUAAGCUGUACCAGGUCAUCAGUACACCAACUGACAUUUUCAUGGUGAUGGAAUAUGUUUCAGGAGGAGAACUGUUUGAUUAUAUCUGUAAAAAUGGAAGGCUUGAUGAGAAGGAAAGUAGACGCCUGUUCCAGCAAAUCCUUUCUGGUGUGGAUUACUGUCACAGGCAUAUGGUGGUACAUAGAGAUCUGAAGCCUGAAAAUGUGCUGCUUGAUGCUCACAUGAAUGCCAAGAUAGCUGACUUUGGUCUGUCAAAUAUGAUGUCAGAUGGAGAGUUUUUAAGAACAAGCUGUGGUUCCCCUAACUAUGCUGCACCAGAAGUAAUUUCAGGAAGAUUAUAUGCAGGUCCAGAAGUAGAUAUUUGGAGCAGUGGGGUUAUUCUCUAUGCUUUGUUAUGUGGAACGCUUCCAUUUGAUGAUGAUCACGUGCCAACCCUAUUUAAGAAGAUAUGUGAUGGUAUCUUUUAUACCCCUCAGUACCUGAAUCCGUCUGUAAUUAGUCUUCUGAAACACAUGCUGCAAGUGGAUCCAAUGAAGAGAUCAACAAUCAGAGACAUUAGGGAACAUGAAUGGUUUAAGCAGGACCUUCCCAAAUACUUGUUUCCUGAAGACCCAUCAUAUAGCUCUACCAUGAUUGAUGAUGAAGCCUUAAAAGAAGUAUGUGAGAAGUUUGAGUGCACUGAAGAGGAAGUGCUAAGUUGUCUGUACAGCCGAAAUCAUCAGGACCCUUUAGCGGUUGCUUACCACCUCAUUAUAGAUAAUAGAAGAAUAAUGAAUGAGGCAAAAGACUUCUACUUGGCUACAAGCCCACCAGAUUCAUUUCUUGACGAUCACCAUCUGUCUCGCCCUCAUCCUGAAAGAGUGCCAUUUUUAGUAGCUGAAGCACCACGUCCUCGCCAUACUCUUGAUGAGCUGAAUCCACAGAAGUCAAAACACCAAGGUGUAAGAAGAGCCAAGUGGCACUUGGGAAUACGGAGUCAGAGUCGACCAAAUGAUAUCAUGGCUGAAGUUUGUCGAGCAAUUAAACAACUGGAUUAUGAAUGGAAG